AUGCAGGGCGCCGGCACCAAGGGACGACCGGUGGUGUUCUUCGACGUGAACGUUGGUGAUACACCGGUAGGGCGCAUCAAGUUCGAGCUGUACAGUGACAUUGUUCCGAAAACCGCAGAAAAUUUUCGACAGCUGUGCACGGGCGAGCAUCGUGUGAAUCACCAGCCUAUGGGGUACAAAGGCGCGCUUUUCCAUCGCAUCAUCAAGGACUUUAUGUGUCAGGGAGGUGACUUUCUAAACGGUGAUGGAACCGGCAGUUUUAGCAUCUAUGGUGACAAAUUUGCUGACGAGAAUUUCAUAUUGAAGCACGAUGCGCCGGGUCUGCUCAGCAUGGCGAAUGCAGGGCCGCAUAGCAAUGGAUGCCAGUUUUUUAUCACGACGCAGCCAGCCGAAUUUCUCGACGGCAAGCAUGUCGUAUUUGGCCGUGUCGUUGAGGGCAUGCUGACGGUGCGCAAAGUCGAGCAAGUGCCAUGCGGCGCGAACAACCGGCCACGUAUGGACGUGCGCAUUGUAGAAUGUGGCGAGAUGUAA